UCAUUUGAGUAAACACAUGGAUCGUUCUCUUGUCGCAGAACUCUAUCUAAACUUUCGGCUUGAAAAUGGUCAAAAUAACAGUGGAUCUAAUCGAGCAGUGUGCUCAAUACACAAAUGCAGUGAAGGAAAGAGAGAUCGACUUAAGGGGAUACAAAAUAUCAGUUAUAGAAAAUAUGGGUGCCACCUUGGAUCAGUUUGACUGUAUAGAUUUCUCAGACAAUGAUAUCAGAAAAGUUGAAGGAUUCCCUCAUUUAAAAAGGCUGAAAACAAUUCUCUUCAAUAACAACAGAAUUUCACGAGUACAAGAAAAUCUAGAGGAAUCGCUUCCUAAUUUGGAAACACUUGUUCUCACAAAUAACAACAUUGCAGAACUGGCUGACCUGGAGCCGCUUGCUACAAUUAAAAAAUUAACAUACUUAAGCUUGAUGAGAAAUCCCGUGGCAAACAAACAAUCGUACAGACUAUUUGUGAUUCAUAAGGUCCCUCAAUUGCGAGUUCUUGACUUUGUGCGAGUCAGGCAAAAGGAGCGUGAAGCUGCAAAAAGGCUAUUCUCGAGUAAACGCGGCGAACAGAUGAAAAAAGACAUAGCAGCAAAAAGACCGAAAACAUUUGAGCCAAAGAUGCCAGAACCGGUCAAGAAAAACCCCGAACAAGAGAAAGAUAUUGCUGCAAUCAAGGAUGCAAUAGCAAAGGCGACGAGUCUCGAAGAAGUGCAGCGUCUUGAGCAAAUGCUGAAGAAAGGUCAGGUGCCGGGCAAACAAUCCAAUGCGGAGGAGGAGAACGGAAUCGAGGAAACCGAAGAAAUGGACGAAACAUGAUUCCCAAUCGAGAUUAAUAGCUAUUCCAUGCCUUUGGUAUAGAACCAAAGUCAUUUUGUACAGUGUUGGUUUUUGACAAAUAACACUUGUGUCAACGAGGGCAGUACCAGAGUAAAGAGUAGGUUUCUUACACAGCCGAGGCCAAAUGACGAUGAUUAACUGACUGUGUUUGGAAACUUAAAGGCAAAACUGAAUUCUUUGUAUGAUUUUAAGUACCUGUUUUUAAUCAAGUGCAAAGAUAGUAGCCUUUUAAUCGCAAAGUUUCCAUUGAAUUUUGGUUAAUUUUGUUUUUUUUC